GUUGGAUGAGAACGAAUCCCACAGACGUAACCACAGUUCUCAUUUACAGGAAAUCAGCAUGCAGGCCCAGGCUCUAACUGCGCUUUGUGCAGCCUUUUUACUGAUGAUAUCUGCUAAGGAAGCGCAGACACAAGACACGACAGAAUACUACGAUUACGGUGAAGACUUGCCCAAAAACUGCUCUGUGUCUGAGUCCAUCGCUGGAGGCUGGGUGUCCUACUCAGAGGAGGGUGCUGAGGGCAGCGUGCUGACCUAUCACUGUGCAGUCGGACACUAUGCCUACCCAAUCAGCACCAGGGUCUGCAGUGACACUGGGGAGUGGUCUGCCAUGAGACUGGCCAAUGGGAGGCAGGUUGCCCAGGCAACAUGCAAAGAGGUGCAGUGCCCAGCCCAGCUCCAGCUGGAUAAUGGGGAGCUGUGGCCACGGCAGCAGUGGUUCAGGGCGGGGGAGGUGCAGGAGUUCUCCUGCCAGGACGGGUUCACCCUACGCGGGUCAGCGGUGCGAAAUUGCACCAUGUGGGGGGCUUGGACCGGCUCCACCCCAGUGUGUGACGACCAAGCGGAUGACUGCUCAAACCCAGGGACCCCACCAGGUGCCCUGCGGACGGGAGACCGUUUCCGGGUCGGGGAGAAGGUCCAGUACCGCUGCCAGACGGGGCUGGACCUGCUGGGCUCGUCUGAGCGGGUCUGCCUGGAGUCCCGGGAGUGGAGCGGGUCCGAAGCCCGCUGCCAGGCCCCUUUCACCUUUGACUCCCCUGACUCGGCGGCCCGGGCUAUAGCUGGCUCCCUGUCUGGCGUGAUGGAUGUCAGUUCCCCCGAAUUCAAAAAGAGAGUAUCCUUUAUGAGGAACUUUCGCUUCGGGGAGGACCAGAGCCAUCUGAACAUCUACAUCCUGCUGGACACGUCGGGAAGCAUCAGGAAGCAGGACUUUCAGAAGGCCAAGGACACCACCGCCGCUCUCAUCAGCAAGCUGGACAGCUAUGACGUUAACAUGAAGUUCCAGGUCAUUUCCUAUGCCGCUGAGCCCAAGGAGAUAAUGAACAUAGCCAGCCCCUGGAGCAACAGUGUGGAGCACGUCCUACAGGCACUCUCAAAAUUUAACCACACUGUCCACGGGAAGAAGACCGGCACGAACCUGCACGCCGCCCUGGACAUGGUGUACAAGAGAAUGGCCUUCCUCAAGGAGCAGAAGGACGGCAGAUUCAACGAGACGCAGAACGUCAUCCUCAUCACGACGGACGGCCACUCCAACACAGGGAGGAGCCCCAAGGCCGUCCUGGCAAAGAUACGCAGCCUCAUGGGGUACAACAUCAGCACGCCGGGCAAGAGCAAGGACCUGCAGGACCACACAGCCGAGAACCUCCUUGACAUCUACGUGUUCGGAGUGGGGCAAAACGUGAACAAGAAGGAGCUCAACACCCUCACAUCCAAGAAGCAGGGCGAGAAGCACAUCUUCAUUCUGAAAAAAUACAAGGACCUCGGGGAGGUGUUCGACAAAAUGAUCAGUGACUCGGCUGUGACCAUGUGUGGCAUCGCGCAGGAAGCGGCCAAUAGAAACCCCAGUAAAGACUACACCAGGCCGUGGCACGUGCAUAUCGAGAGCACGUCUUCCGGCACGGCGCAGAAAUGCAAGGGCUCCAUCGUGACUGGGAACUGGGUGCUGACUGCAGCUCACUGUUUCAAGCGUGAGGCCGUGGCCGACCCAGGCAGCGUGAAGGUUGUGCAUGGGAUGAGGGAGGAGAAGUUUGCCAGCUCCGUCAUCUUGCACCCGCAGUACAACGUUGCGGGUUUGAAGCACAAGAAGGUGAACGAGUUUUACGACUACGACGUCGCGUUGAUCAAGUUAAACCAAAGCAUCAAGCUGUCGGGAGAAGCCAGGCCCAUUUGUUUGCCUUGCACAAAGCCAGCCAACCGCGCUCUCAAAAUGGACCCCACCUCAUCAUGUGAUCAACACGAGAAAGCCGUGUUCCAUCUAGAAGAGACACCAGCCUUCUUCCUGACCGAGAAGCUCCUGACCCGAAAAGAGACGCACGUUCAGAGAGGAUCCAAGAGAGCGGACUGCAUCAAGCACGCGGCCGUCACCUUCAAGCCCGAGACCACCGCAUCCCUGGCGGAGGUCGUCACGGACAGGUUCCUCUGUACCGGCGGCUCACGGGACUACAAAGACGCAAUCGCCUGCAAAGGUGAUUCAGGGGGGGCUCUGUUCCUUCGGAAGAAGCAUCGCUAUUUCCAAGUGGCAGUGGUGAGCUGGGGCAACAGGGACAUGUGCUCUGCUGGAGACUCCCCCCCUGGUGACGCACGGGACUUCCACAUCAGCAUCUUCUCAGUGUUGUCAUGGUUGAAAGAGCACCUCAGUCCAGACCUUGAGUUCCUGCCAGCCACCAGUUGAGACUGCACAUGUAGCAUCUCAGACAGACUUACUCACAAAACGUGAUUAAAAUCUGAUUGUAACCGUUAAAAUGAUCAACUGAUCAACCAUAUAAAUGUAAUUAUGAUUGACAAGUGCUCAAUAACGUGAGCCUUGGACAUGUUACUUUUUCCUUCUUCGUUCCCAUUAGUUUCCCUUUUGACAAGACGUGGUUGACUCACUCAAAACCUGGAAUUCUACACGCACCUGGAGCCAGCUUUCCUCUGCCAAUCAAUGCUAGAUUUUAAGGUUAUUUAGUCAUACCUGAAAAAGAAAAAUCACAGCUUAGCAUAUCUUAUAUUGCACCCAUGGCUACCAGGUGGCUUUCAAUGUAUGACGUCCUCCUUAUUGAAGAUCGCAGACAUUGUUUUGUGGGCCAUGGAGGAUGGUGGUUUUUAGAUGGGGUUUCGAUGGCCUACUGCGGGUCCUGCUAGCGUCUCACAGCACCGCUGGCCUGCGGCGGUGUGCAGGCGGUAAGGCCACCGCAUUAAUCCACCGCAUCAUUCCCCUGAGCAGAAAGUAGGGUGAUGUCACAGGCGAGGGUUUCAUUCCAGCUAUAGGGGGAGACACACUGCAGGACCGCCCAGUUUCACGCAGUCAAACGUCAAGUAUCACAGGCAUACCAGCUAGUCCAGCAAUUCAUUCAUAUGAAAAUACUGGGGGGGGGGGGGCAUGUCUCUGUAGCCUCCUCCCCUCCCCCAACCUACACGUAUGGGUGACACGCUGAGUCUGAGAUUAUUCCAUCUGACUGUGGUGCUACUUCAAACACUGUAUGUCUGCUUGUAAAUAGACUAAUACUGAAUAAAUAGCAUCCAUUCCAAUCUUG